AUGGACGGACUACAAGGCCCUCAAAUUGAAGCGUUACAACAGCUACAGAGUAUCCUUGGUCCACAUGACACAGAAUUCGUAGUUAGUGUACUUGAAAGUGUCUCAUGGGAUGUUCAAAAAGCCACAGACCUCCUGUUCGACAAUGAUGCCCCUAAAGUCAUGGCGCCAACACAGGCCACUCCAAUGGAACAGUUGGAGCUGGAUGACAUCGAAGACUCGUCAUCCACAAUUAGACAUUCUCACCGUGGUCAGGGUAACCCGCGGUCCAAUUGGAGUUUUUUAUGGUCUCUAAUCACUGUUCCAUUGCAUCUCGUGUCGGGAGUGCUGCGCUUCGUGUUUAGCGUUCUCCGCAUACCAAUACCGUCCCUACCAUUCAUGACUAUAAAUUCCUAUCAUUCUCACCGCCCCACCUCUCCGGAUUCACGAAGCAUCACCCAGAGGUGGGUGCAACAACUCGAGGAAGAAACAGGUGCAUGCUCGUCGAAACGUUCCAUGGCGAACGCGGUCACGACAGGAUUCGAAGCAGGACCAUCAACUACGAGACGUCAUACAUAUCCACCUGCGGCUUCGGAUGAUAAUCAGAAGAUUCUGCCAGACUUCUUUGAUGGCAGUUAUGAAGAGGUCCUUGACAUUUGCCAGAAAGAAGGGCGUAUAGCAUGUGUUGUCCUCGUGAGCGCUGAACACGACGAUGAUGCAGAUUUUAAGAGGUCUACCCUUACCGACGCAGCUUUCGUCAAGAUUUUGCUGGAUAAUGAUUUCAUUGUCUGGGGCGGGGAUAUUCGGGACAAAGCUGCAUGGGAUGCCUCGCAAAAAUUGCAAGCUACUACAUAUCCCUUUGUGGCUUUCCUUGCGCUUCAGCCCAGGCGCCAUGGUGCUCCUUCUGGUACUGCCCCGGUUGUCACCAUCCUAUCACGUCACCAGGGUCGUGCAGCCGCAACUGCUCCAGUAUUGAUCGACCAUCUCAAUAUGCAGCUACUUCCACGUGUAACACCAUUUCUUGUACGAUUCAAGACAGUGUUACAAGACCGUGACCGUGACCGGCGUAUACGUGAGGAGCAGGAUCGCGCGUUCAGGGAGACGGCUCGUAGAGAUCGUGAGGCCAUCGAGAUGAGAGUGCGGCAAGAGAAAGAGGAGGAAGAACGUGUACGAAAACAAGCGGAAGACGCAAGAAGAAAGCAGGAAGAUUCGGCUAGGCAGAAGCAUCAAGCCGAAAUACGUAUGGAAUGGAGGAAGUUCAUGCGCAACCGUCUCCUGUUACCCGAGGCACGCGGCUUGAGAUUGGCCGUCAAACUGCCCGGCAAUGGACGAGUUGUCCGUAGUUUUCCUCCGUCGGCGACCCUUACUGCUCUCUAUGCCUUUGCCGACUCGCAGCUUAUCCCGUCCACUUCUCGCUCGGAAGAUGACCCUUCCCAAGCACCGGAGGGGGCUAUCGAUGAUAUCCCACAGCUUGAUUCUUAUGUCCAGAACAGGACAGCAGGACACGCGUGGUGGGGCUUUACACUCGCUUCAACAUACCCCCGGAGGGAAUUCAGGUGGAAGGCGAAUGCGUCUUUGACAGAGACAGGACUGAGAGAUGGAGAACAAAUUGUCAUGGAAUUAAUCACUGGACGUGAGUCCGUUAAUAGUCAGAUCUCUGACGACGAGUACGAGUCAGAAAGUGAUUAG